AAAAGUAUCAAAUACAUACGAUAAUUGAAUCCGCUGCUGAAUUCAGCAAACAGUUCCGCAUACACGCUGAAACAAACAGAAAAACGAAGUCAAAUCCAAUCAAAGCAUUCCUACGAGGAGGCAGAGGAGUAUGAAUCAAUACCUAAGCGUAGUGUGCCCAAGAGGAGACCCGAUUCAAUAUAAUGGCCAUCCGUUUCACGUCCUUGCUCGCGGUCGGUUGUGUGCUGCUAGUGUCUGGUGUUGUGUCUGGCGCUGCCAUCGAGAAUGCGGUCACACCGCGCAUCCACAGCUCCGACGAGCUGAUCUCGACCAUUGUGGAUAAGUGCUUCCAUGCCAAUGCCAUGCAUUGCCUGAAGGAAAAGGUGCUGACCUAUCUGGACACGAUGGCUAAUGUGGAGGAGGAGGUCAGUGGGCGUGCCUUCGACGACGAUGUCAUCGACAAAGUCAUUGUGGAUCGCAUUGGCCGCAUUCUGCACACCAAUGAGAUGCGUCUCCAGCUGCCAGAGACCUUCUUCGCCAGCUCCGUGAUGACCUAUCGUGCUGACCGCGGCUUCGACUUGGAGCUGCCAAAAGAGGAGGGUCGUGCCGAGAAAAAGAACAAGGACAAGCUCUUCCUGCCCCUGCUGCUGCUCAUGAAGCUGAAGCUUAAGGUGGUCAUGCCCAUUCUGCUGGCUCUGAUCGGUCUGAAGGCCACCAAGGCUCUGAUCCUGUCCAAGAUCGCCAUCAAGCUGGUGCUCGGCUUCCUCAUCUACAAUCUCAUCCAGAAGUUGGGUGGCAUGAAGAUGAACAUGGUGCCAAUGCCAGCUCCGGCCACGGAAUACGGUGUGCCCAGCACCACGGCCUCCUCGUACGACCCCAGCAGCUGGGAGCCAAUGAACAGCGGACCCUAUGCCCGCUGGGACUCGCAGAACCUGGCCUAUAGCUCUUACCACCCCAGCAGCUCCUCGUCGUACUCGUCCGGCUCAUCGUCGAGCUCAUCCCCCAGCUCGUCCAGCUACAGCUCUUCCUCUUAGAUCAGGCGCCAAGCGCUACGCCCUGCCGCUUUAUAUGUACAUACCACAUACAUACCAAGGAAUAUCGAGGAUGCCACCAUCCAAGCAAAUGGAGGUGGCUCCGCGAGUCAAAAACAGACCAAAUGGAACGGAACAUGCCUAGGCCAUAAUUUUAGUUGUUAACGGUUAAGCAUGCGAGAGUCUUUAGCCAUUCUUCGUUAGCCAUCCACUCCCCCACUCCCACUUAGCC